CAGCUCGUUGGCGUUGGCGGAGUCCCUCCGAACGCAGCGCAGCGGAACCCGCGGGAGAGAGACACAGCGAACACUGAGGCCGAGAGCGCCGCACAACACCACACAGUUCGACUCCGAAAGGUAGUGAGAGUUGCACAUCUUGAAUUGAGUUUCACUGUGUCCAGCCUUGAGCGCUUAUCACGGUUGUUUGGAGCUACAUCGCAGGGCUGUUUGGCACGACCACCAUUUUGUACGAGCUCAGGCAGGAAGGAAGGCAGAACGUUCAAUGUGGGGCAGUCAGUUCCAAUCCUCUGGGACCAAAGCAGUUGGUCAUGGAGGUCAGUCACAGUCGCUGCUGGGACCGAGGCCACAAACGGUUCAGGAAUUGAACGAGUUCUGUAACUACCGGCAAGGACACGGGCAAACGGGGCAGCAGCAGCAGCAGCAGCAGCCUGGACAGUCACAGAAACAGCGGGUUUUCACUGGAGUGGUCACCAGCCUCCACGACUAUUAUGGCUUCGUGGACGAAGAGGUGUUCUUCCAUCAGAAUGUGGUGAAGGGUCGAGUGCCACAGGUCGGGGAGCGUGUGCUGGUGAAAGCCGUGUACAAUCCCAGUCACUCCGUGCAGUGGAACGCGCUCAAAGUCCAAGUCCAGCCUAGUCAGGUGCAGAAACACGGCAUCCUCGGGACGAAACCUCCUCCGCAGCCCCUCCUACACGCCCCUCGCCUGCCGUCACUGAUGUCCUCACAGCCACAACCACUGCUCCCUCGCAAAGGUGGUUUGCUCCAGCCAUUAGUCCACAUGGGAGCUCACGGUCAGAUGGGCAGGAGGAUGGACGUGGGACAUCGAAUGGGAGGGAGGAACGGACGCAUGGAAAUGGGACAGAACAGGAGAGGGGACAGGAGGAACAGUUAUAAACGUGGAGGUGUUCAGGGGCUUUCUCAGAAGCGGUACCAGGACAUGGGGUCCGGGGAGGGACCAGCCAAGAAAGUCCGGCACUAUGUACCCCCUUACAGUGUGCAGUAUUCCCGCUUCUCCUUGGGCAGCCAAGCCUGUGAUGCUAUGGAUGUGCAGCGUCGCUACCCAAACCUCCCCUUUGCCGAAGAAUUCUUCAACGCCCAGCUCUGCUUCACCGACACCUUCCCCCUGGGGCAGCCCCUCCAGCUGGGACAGAAAUGUGUCUUCCACAUCAUGGAGGAAGGGGAUCAGCCGACGGAACCCCAGGGCUCAGCGACGGAGCCCGAUGACGCUGACCCCACCUACAGCGCCAAGGUGCUGUUGCUGUCCUGUCCAGACCUGGAGGAGCUUUACCGUCAGGGCUGCUGUUUGGCCGAGACAUCCAAAGAGGAGAUUCCACAGCAUCCAGCCAGACUCCUCAAGUUCCUGGUGGGAACGAAGGGCCAGGAGGGCACUGUGGCAAUCGGGGGUCCCUGGUCUCCCUCCUGCGAUGGUCCAAACCCAGGCAAGGACCCCAAGGUGCUGAUCAGAACGGCCAUUCGUACCACAAAGGCCCUGACUGGGAUUGACCUGAGCGCCUGUACUCAGUGGUUCCGCUUCGCUGAGAUCUGUUACUAUCAGCCCGAGGAGCAUCACGAUGGGCGCCCGCUCCCAGCCCACGUGGAGACCUCGGUGGUCUUCCUGCCCGAUGUCUGGCAUUGCCUUCCUACUCGCCUCGAGUGGGAGUCACUGACACUCGCCUACAAGCAGCAGCUGUCAGACACACAGCCACCACAGCCCAAGGACGCCACAGGAGACGAGGCCGAGGAGAAUAUGGAAGUUCAAGCAGAUGAUUCAAGGCCCACUCCCACCCUCUGGAGUCAACUGGAGCCUAAAACAAUGAAGGUCGAUGAUAUCGCUAAGGAGCUGCAGACCCGAGGCCUCAGUUCGAAGGGGACAAAGUUACAAUUGGUCACGCGGCUGGAGAGGCAGCUGAGGGAGGAAGAGGAGGAUGCAGAGGCGGAGGAAGCGUUGAAAGAAGAUCCCGCAGAGGAGGUGAAGACCGAAGACACUGAGGAAGAGAAAGAGGAUGAACAGAAGGAGAUGGAACAGCAAGCCGAGGGGAAACAGAUGGAGGAUUCCGACGCCCCCCGGAAGCCGGAGACAGUCUGCCGCCUGCCCGCCGAGCCCGCUGUGAUAGUGAACCCCAACCGUGCCGCCAUGGACCACAAGUUCGGCUGCAUUGUCAUGUCACUGCAGAGACUGAGGAACUACAGGAACGAUUCCAUGACACACUCCUUCGAGGUGCUGUUACUGGCCGAGCUGUUUGGUGAGAUGCUCCAGAGAGACUUCGGCUACACCAUCUACAAGGCUUUGCUGGCGUUCCCGGGAAGAAAGCUGAAGCCGGAGAAGCCGGAGGAAGAAGGGGAAGGGCAGCCGGCAGAGAAGGAAAAGAGCUCGAAGAAAGGAGGCCAAGAGGAGGUCAAGGAGCCGAAAGAGAGAACGAGCAAAUCGCUAGAAAUGAAAGAGAACGAGGAGCAGGAGGAAGAUUGGGAUUGGGAGGAAACCAAGCUGGAAGACGGUGAGAGUAAAGGCAAAGAAGUGAAGGGGAAGCGAGGAGCGGCAGACAGUGAGGCUGCUCUCCUAGAGAUGGAUGAAGCUCUCCUCUUGGAAGAUAAUGAAGAGGAAUUUGCAGGUGACGAAGAGAAAAAGCUGGAAGGAAAGAGAGCAACUCUAACAGAAACCGAAUUGGUUAAGGAGAUGGAGAAAGACGUGAGCCAGAUGGUGACCCUGAAGAAGGACCUCCUGUUGGCCUUUGUGUACUUUGACCGGAAUCUGUGCGGCUAUGUUCUGGAGAAGGAUCUGGAGAUGAUCAUCUGCACAGUGGGACUGCAUCUGUCCAGAGCUCAGAUUAAACAACUGCUCAGUAAGGUGGCCUCACAGAACACGUGUCUGUAUCGAACCCUGACAGACGGCUGGGAAGGAGACCUGGAGAAACUUGAAGACAAGAGUCUCAUCUCUGAGGAACUUUUACUUGGCAAUAAGCACCUUAUAUCGCACUGCGCCGGUGUGGUGGUCAGUAAACCCGCUGCUGGCAGCAGUAAGACGCGAGCCAGGAGAGGAGACAGCGGUUUGGUGGAGCACAACGGCACUCUGGUCAACGUGGGCAACUUGGUUCAGAAGCUGGAGCGAGACGAGAGAAACCGAGCGGACAUGGAGACCAGACUGCGUUCCAUGGAGCUCCGGCUCGAUGAAGCCCUUGGGGAGGCCUCUUCGAAGGACAAGGCCAACAAAUCCCUGACGGAGGACAAGCAGGAGAGACAGAAGAAGUUGGCGGAGCUCGAGGAGCGCGUGAAGGCAGCAGAGAAGCUCAAAGCUUAUUAUGAGAGCCAGCUACAGGACAACAGCAAGCACUUGACAUCUCUCGUGGAGGACAUUCAGCGCCUCAUUAAAAAGAACAAUGCAGCCGCAGAGAAGAAGAAGUGACGAGGCACACGGGGACUGUGCUGUAAUGUUCGCCCUCUGACAGAAUAACACCAACCAGCACUGGAUACGUACAUCCCUGUGUUGCCCGCUCCGACCCUCCCUGACGUCUGUUCAAGAGCCUGAGUGAAACAAAAUGGCUCAGGUUUUAUAGUUGUGCCAGUUGUGUGAUGUGCAUCGGGAGCGUAUCAUUAAAUAUGUUCAGGAUACGCUCUGAGGAACUAAGGAUUUAUUGUAUAUUUUGUACUACGGGCCGUAAUUUUAGCAGGACCCACAGAAGGAGGGUAACGUUAGGUUAAUCAUCAUUCAUUCCUGCGUCUCCAGCUGGGAGUUCAUUAAUCCUCGCGUUUGAUCGAGCGCCUUAUCACGUCUUCGAGGCGACUCUCUAAGCGCUUCACAGGAUACACUGUAGAGUGGAUUGACUGUAUUUUGUUUCCGUCGCUUCCUGUUUGUUCACAUCUGGAGAUCAUUUGAAACGCAGAAAGGAGAAGAAUCAAAGAUCUCUGUGUCUCCGUCUCCUCUUAUCUACGCCGCUCCCAUGAUAGGUGCAUUUGGAUGUAACAAGCCCUCAAAUGCCACAACUGUUGACCUGACAGGGCCUAGUCCUUGAAUUCAUGCCUCAGGUCUGACCCAAUGUUCAUUGCCGUGAGAAACGUUAAUCUUCCUCACGUGGUUUCAAAUCUUUUUCAUUUCUCUGAAUGUCAACUUAAACCUUAUGCUGAAAAUCCUCUUGUUACGGUUAACAGGACGUCAUAAUAAACAUUCUCAGUUUAUAAAACCUGCAA